AUGGCAACAUCUCUCUCCGCGUCCGCGGCCACGGCCGGCCCAAGCAUCGCAGAGAUGGCCCAAGAGAGACUUGAGAAAUUGCAGAUUCGCCGAGAGCACCAAGCAUUACUGGAGAAGAUCAGUAACAUCGGAGCGCAGCGCGAUAAGGACCUUGAGGACAUCCGACAGCAAUAUGAGGCUGCACUUGAGUCGAAUAAGGAGACUUUGACCAAGAUUGAAGAUCUUGAAACCAAAAUAUCCGUCAGGGAUCGCGAGGUGGACGAAUUUGUCAACGACCUGCAACGGUUCAAAGCUACAGUGGAGGAGUUCCUGCGAAUUCGGGCUUCUGAAGAGGAAACAGAAGAAGUGAUGUCUGCUGCCACUGCGGGUCGUCCCUCUUCUUCUUUUAUACGUGAAAAGGAACCUGAAGACAAACCGCGAAGCUCAAUUGAAGUGCCGGCUCCAAGCAAGCCAACAAGACCAACACGCCGUGCUGCCAACAGGAAGUCAUCCUAUGUCCCUCGAGAAUGCAACCUUCCCCAUUCGCGAUCUGAAGCUGUCAAUCAGGAUGUAGCUGAAUCAUUUGGAAAAGAUACGGCAGCCAAUGGAGGCCUCAGAAAGUCAAACCUUGCAACCGAAACUAUGCUGUCUAGUCAUUCGACAAAUAAUCGAAAGCGCCCGACUACAACUCGACCAACAGAACAAGAGCCAGCUAGACCUCAUCCCUUGAUGACACGCCAGAGAAGCGGGAGUAGGCCCCAAGAGCUGAGAAAUUUCGCCGCCACAACACCAGCUGCUCCUAGUCCACCUAAGAUACCAAAGUUAUCCCAAGAUCGUCGACCGCUCGGUACUUACUACAAAGCUUCAUCCAUAAUCUAUGCCUCCUUGAGACUUGAUGGUGGACGACCUGAAUUUAACUUUAUUUCAUCGUUCAUUUCUGGCAUAUCGAGCAAGAAGGAGCAGAACCGAUUGAUUGACAGUUUGGCCAAUUUCUGCUUCUGUGACACCAAAGAUGACGGAACUCGGGAGAUACUCUGCACGUGGGAUGAAGUCAUGGAUGGAUUGAAAGCUGCGAAGCUAGUCGGCGAUGAGGAUGACGGUCAAGACCAGAGGAAAGGCAGACCAGCUUUAGUUGCGGCUGAUACGGCGUUAAUGAGCAACCCAAGAGCGGCCGAUAAUCCAUUUGUCAAAGAACAGCCAGCCGCCAGAGGUUCCAGAAGAGGAAACAUUGUUGAGGCUACUGAUAUGCCCGUUGGUGGAAGAGAGAGACGUGACGUAAAGAAGAGAGCCGCCAGACUUGGACGAGCAGGCAACGGCAGCGAAAGCACAGGUGCUGGCGUGGUUAACAAAUCAGACUCAGGCAAUGCUAUAUUUGGAGCAGCGAUCGAGAAUCUAGAUCCAAACAAAGCUAAUUUCAGAGAACCGGCCAGUAAAGCGAAAGGGAAAUCGAACCCAAGAGUAGCCAAAAGGCCGGCUCCGAAGAAAGGCAAAGCUGCUGCUGCUGCAAGCGCCGUUGACCUCAAUGACCAGGACAAUCGAACAGCUGUUGGAAGUGGAGCCCAGACCACAGGAAUAACGAGAGGAGGUAGAAGGGGUCGCCAGCGAGCUGCGAAACGCUGA